AAUUUACAUAGUUUCAGACGAAACUUCUUAUUGUCUUAAAGUCGAGAAACAGCGGACAGUAAAUUGGUGAAAUUGAUCUUGUCAACUUUUGUUGCAGGCGCAUAAUAUGGCUCCCACACCGACUUACAUCGAGAGCGUAGCUAAUAACAACAAUAACAAUGAAAGCGAGAGCAAGGUUAAGCUUUUUCCAUACAAAAUUCAACCGAUUGAGGAAAAUCUUAGGAAAAAAUUGUUAGCUGUAUUCACAGGAGAGAAAACCAAAUAUCUGCAAGUAGGUCCGAAGAAAUGGUUGUACCCCAGCGGUUACGAGAAACAAGCACAUGAUUUCUAUAAUUUCGUUGCAAGGCCAAGCGAUGUUUUUAUCGUAACGUUUCCUAGGUCAGGGACAACCUGGACUCAAGAAAUGAUUUGGUUGUUAGCUAAUAAUUUAAAUUAUGAGAAAGCAAGUCAAGUGAAUUUAAGACAGCGGUUUCCAUUUUUGGAAUUUAGUAGCUUUUUGCAUCCUGAAAUGAAAGCUAUAUUGUUAAAAGAAAAUCAGCAUGAUUGGGAAAAGUGUCAAAUAAUUCAAGGCUUGGACCGUGGGAUAAUAGAAAAUUUAAACAAUAUGAAGGAGAGAAGAUUUAUUAAAACUCACAAUCCUUUUAGUCUGAUGCCACCCAAUCUAUUGGACGUAGGUUGUAAGGUCAUAUACGUUGCAAGAAAUCCCAAAGAUGUGGCAGUUUCUUAUUACCACUUAGCUAAAACCUAUAGGACUUUUUGUUAUGUUGGAGAUUUUCCACAGUUUUGGAGAUACUUUCAGGACGGACUUGUUCCAUGGGCGCCAUAUUGGGAACACCUUAAGGAAGGUUGGAAUAGAAGGCACGAAGAAAAUAUGCUGUUCCUCUUUUAUGAAGAUUUGAAAAAGAACCUACGACCUAGUUUAAAGAAGCUAUCUUCAUUUUUGGACCAGAGUUAUUCAGAAGAGGAGUACGAGAUCCUGGAAGACUAUUUGAGUAUAGACAACUUCAGAAAUAACAAAGCAGUAAACGCCGACGAGGACAAAGACAUAGGACUGAUCAGCGAUGUUGAAGCAGGCUUCAUAAGAAAAGGUGUUGUUGGAGGAUGGAGCCCAUACUUUGAUGAUGAACUAAAUGCCGAAGCUGAUAGGUGGAUAGAAGAGAAUUUGAAAACAUUUGAUUUAAGGUUUCCUAAUAAAUGAAGUACAAGCAAACAUAUUAAUAAGGACUGAAAGUUUAAUGCAUAAGAAUAGGAAUAAUUUGUAUUAAUAAUACCUAUUUUCGGAGCUCUAGUACCGAAAUUCCUGGAUUUCGUAACGUUUAAACAGUGUUUGGUCCGUUUGGUCCUUCAUGUGGCAUUAUAUUAAAAGCAGUUGUCUACAACUGCCAUAUUGCCAUAUUGAAAUGAGAAUUGAGCUAAAAACAGACUAAAUUGUUCCUGGUAUAAUAUGCUUCCAUGGUGUAGACUCUCUUCAUGACAUUGACUUGUUCAAAUUCUUUCGAUAACCAUUCAGCUCUAAACUAACAACAGGUAUUUUUUUACCACAAAAAAAAGUUACAUGACGAUUUAGGAGAACUCUAACAGUUUUUUUACGAUAAACGAUAGUACGUAUUACUGAUCCUUAAAUUAAAUACUCAAAACUGUUUUCUUUAUGUUUCUUUAAGUUCCUAUAUAUACAUAUAUGUUUUGUGUAACCUCAUAAAUCUCAUACUGUUUUUGUUAUUAUUA